GUCAGUCAACUGCGCCUGCGCGGUGUGGUUGGUAAACAAUAUGGCGGCGUCCGUGCAUCGCCUCACUUCAGCUGGGAGAUUUCUCCUUCAGAGACAUUUACUGAAGACCAAUUCUCUGAGCAGGGUAAGAUAAAGAGGUUUAGAGGUUAAUUUAGUGUAAGACUCUUCUUCGGUUGAACUUUGACAGUUUUAUUAUCACAGUGUUUCCGAGGUUAGACCUCUGCGGGGCGUGUUAGGCUAAAUGUUUGCUAACAUCUGAGACAUUUACGGUUCAGAAAAACUUCACCGUCUGUUUGUUUUCCUUCUUAAGAGUCUUAAACCAUCAGACACAGGAGUUAAUACAGUUGAUAAUGGUUUAGAGGUGUUUAGAUUUCUGAUCUAAACCUGCAGAGUCAUCAUGACUGGCUGUUCUCACCAGUCUGCCCACUCCCUCCUCUGCAGGUCUCAGCUGGUCCACACAGACUCUUAUCCACUCAGGCUGCUCCCCAGGUGGCUCUCAAUGUCCCUGAAACCAAGGUGACCACUCUGGAGAACGGACUCCGGGUGGCGUCUGAGGACUCUGGACUGACCACCUGCACAGUAAGAUUCAAUGAAUGUCCCCCUGACGCACACACACACACACACACACAGACAUUUCCUGUUCAGGUGUACUGCUGUGUUUUUCUACCUAACAGGGAUUUUGCAACAAAGAGAACCUUUAAAAUAGAGUUUUACCAUUGAGUGACAGAUACUUGAUUCAUCUCCAAGAGACAUUCACAAAAACAUAUUUAAACAAAAUUAACAGCAAAAGGAUGAUAGAAGCAAUAAAUAAAUAAAUGUAUCUGGUAAUAAAUAUUACCAGAUAAAUAAGUAAUAAAUAUUUAUCUGGAUUUCUCUCAGGUUGGUCUGUGGAUCGAUGCCGGCAGUCGCUAUGAGAAUGAGAGGAAUAAUGGAACCGCACAUUUCCUGGAACAUAUGGCUUUUAAGGUAAGAUGAUGAUGAUGUGGAGUUUUCUGUUUACACUAAUUCUUCGACAGAUUCCUGCCGACCCCACCUUUAAUUUAAAGUUAAAAUAACAAAGAAAAGUGGUAAAUGUUUGCCAAAGUGGACCCACAGCUUUGUCCGUCUGUGCGUCUUGUUCAUGACAGGGCACCAGAAAGCGCUCUCAGCUGGACCUGGAGUUAGAGAUCGAGAACAUGGGGGCUCAUCUCAACGCUUACACGUCCAGAGAGCAAACUGUGUACUACGCCAAAGCUUUCUCAAAAGAUCUGCCGAGAGGUAGGAUGCGCUGACGUGUGCCAGACUCCCCGUCAAACCUUCUCUGCGUUGAGUUUAAAUAAAUAUGUGUGUUUUUUCCUCUCUAAAGCCGUGGAGAUCCUGGCUGACAUCAUCCAGAACAGCACGCUGGGCGAGGCGGAGAUCGAGAGGGAGCGAGGGGUGAUCCUCAGAGAGAUGCAGGAGGUCGAGACCAACCUGCAGGAGGUGGUCUUUGAUUACCUGCACGCUACUGCGUACAGGUCCACCGCUCUGGGCCGGACGAUCCUGGGCCCCACUGAGAACAUAAAGUAAGACCGGACACUCAACAGGACGUGUGAAGUGGAUCUCUGUGAGGCCGCUGAUCUUUUUAACUCUCUCUCUUCUGCUUUUUGGUUCUUGAAGUGUUGUGUGUUCGAUUGCAGGACGAUCAACAGAGGAGACCUGGUGGAGUACAUCACCACUCACUACAAAGGCCCCAGAAUCGUGCUGGCUGCAGCUGGAGGUCAGUGCUGUUCAUCAGUCAGCUGCUUUAAAGAACACAAAUGGAUCAGUUCACUUUUUCAAAGACUAAAACAAAAGAAGAAUAACCUUGACUGUUGUUACUGUUGAGACGAUUUAACUUUGUGUGUUUUUUGUGCUUUAAAUCAGGAGUGUCUCAGGAUGAACUCAUCGAUCUCGCAAAGUAUCAUUUUGGAAAACUCCCCGGCAGAUAUAAAGGUGAAGCUCCGUCACUUCCUCCGUGUGACUUCACAGGAAGUGAGGUAAGCUUGAAAUCUUACAGCUGAGAUGACAACGUUUAUCUUAGACUUGUGUAAAAAGGUUAAAUUUCUAAUGUUAGACUAAUGUGUUUGCUGGUUUUUACUCAUGUAUGAUAAAAAUAUGAUGAGUGGCCUUAACUUAAAACAUAAACAGGAACUGGAAACUAUCUCCAAUGAGUGUAUUUUGUAAUCUUUACAAAAUUAAGCUCUUUCUUAAAAGGUUGCAUCAGAAAAUAUUCGUUCCUCCUCUUUAUCGUCUGAUGAACUGAAGUAAAGAAACUCUGGAUCUGUUGGAUUAUCUGGUGAAACUUUAUUCUGAAUCACCAUCAGUGGAAAAAUCACGGAGGUCAAACUGUCUCUUCAGAUUCGUGUUCGUGACGAUAAGAUGCCUCUGGCUCACAUCGCCAUCGCAGUGGAGGCGGUCGGCUGGUCGCACCCCGACACCAUCCCUCUCAUGGUGGCGAACACACUGAUCGGAAACUGGGAUCGCUCGUUCGGUGGAGGCGUGGUGAGUACAGAUGACCCUGUAUUUCAGUUUCAGCUUCACACAGACUCUGUCCACGUUUGACUUCUCUCUCUCUCUCUCUCUCUCUCUCUCUCUCUCUCUCUCUCUCUCUCUCUCUCUCUCUCUCUCUCUGUCCCAGAAUCUGUCCAGUAAACUGGCUCAGAUGGCCUGCCAGGGAAACCUGUGCCACAGCUUCCAGUCCUUCAACACCUGCUACACAGACACGGGGCUGUGGGGGCUUUACAUGGUGUGUGAGCCGGGGACCAUCAAAGAGAUGAUGCACUUCACUCAGAUGGAGUGGUGAGGAGAGAUUGAGUUCAAAUCUACAGCCUGAGAUCUUUAGAGCUAAUGUGAUCAGAUCUGGAAAUGAAACCCGUCUCCUCUCAUCAGGAUGUCUCUCUGCACGAGUGUGACGGACAGCGAGGUGGCCAGAGCGAAAAACCUGCUGAAGACGAACAUGCUCCUGCACCUGGACGGUGAGGCCGCUCCUCUGAGGAUCAUGAAAACAUCAGGUGUUAUUCUCUGCUGAUCUAACAUGUUCAUCCGCUCUCUCCAGGCUCCACCCCCAUCUGUGAGGACAUCGGCAGACAGAUGCUGUGCUACAGUCGGAGGAUCCCUCUGCACGAGCUGGAGGCGAGGAUCGAUGUGAGUAGAUGAAGUGAUCUGACAACGAGGGUCCAGAUCCAGCAGGGUUUUAGUGUUUUUAUGAUUUUUUUGAACUAUAUAUAAAGUUCUUGGUUUCUUAUGUGUUCUUCAAGUUCUUGAUGUUGUUCGGGGAAUUUCUUGUGUGGGGUUGUGUGUCAUUUUUUCGCUGUUUUUUUUGUUUGAUUUAUGCAAAUUGAAGCACUUUGUAAAUUCCUUUUCAGAGGAUUCAGAGGGUUACUUCUUACUUGUUUUUUCUUCUCUUUAACAGGCCAUAGAUGCCAAGACUAUUAAGGACGUGUGCACCAAAUACAUCUACAACAAGGCUCCUGCCAUUGCAGCUGUUGGUAGGUUACUGUUAAUGAUUUUUUUCCCUUUAUUUGAAGAGGACAGGGGAGAGGGAACACCAGAAACGAGUUCGCUUAGUUUUCCUGCAUGUCAAAGCACUUUGUAAACCCUUGUUUUUUUUUUUUAAACUUCUAUAUAAAUAAAGUUAUUAUUAAUGAUACAGCGCUUAUCACAAACUACUAAACACCCCGUACUGAUAAACUGUUAAAUCAAAUCCAACUUGUUUCUGUGUUUUCAGGUCCGAUCGAACAACUGUCAGACUACGACCAGAUCCGCAGUGGGAUGUUCUGGAUGAGAACCUGAGAGGAUCUGAUCUGAGGACAGUUUAGUGAAGCAGCUGUACAGUAUUCAAACAGAACAAACUAUUUAAGAAGAUUCAUCUGUAGAAUUUUUCCUCCUUUACUUUUUAUUAUAAAAUAAAGACCAGCACAGUAAUGUUGAAAUAACACAGAUACUGUUCUUUGUGGUUCUUGUCAUUUUUUACUCACACAGCUUCUCAAUACCGUAACUCCUUGGAAAACCUGGAAAAUUCCAGCGCUGACAGGCAGCUGAGAAUCUGUGCUUUUUGUCAAGAUAUGAUCUAUGGUGUAUACUACGGUAAUCUUAAACAGUACAACCAAACCGCAGCUUUGACAGAAGAUGAGAGAGAAAAAGAGAGUGGAGUAAGAGUGAAGUAAUACAGAGCAAGUAAAAUAGUGUUUUGUGAAGAAAUGUAGUUAUAUAUAGUUGUAAAUGUGUAGUAAUAUAUGAAACGGCCGCUACGGUACGCAGAGGAGGAGGAGGAGGAGGACAGCUAUUUGAAGGAUGCUUCUUCUGAACUGAGGUAUGUUGCAAUGCUCUCCACAGCAGCCCCAAUCUUUGUGAUGGUUGGUACCUCUGUAUGUUCAACAAAUCAUAGAUAAGUAUGUUAAGAUGUACUAGAUGUACUAUGUACUACAUACAUAAGUAUGUAGUAUGUUAAAAAAAAUCAUAGUACUGUAUGAUAAAAAUAUAUGUCAGUAUAGUAUAAGUAUAAAAUAUAGUUUAGUAUAUAUUAUAAAAAUCUAUUAUAAGAAAUUAUAGUAUAUAGUAUAUAAAUGCCAUACUAUAGUAUGUUAAAGUUGUCAUUGUAUAGUACUGUAAAAAUUUCAUAGUAUAGUAUGUUUGAAAUAUCAUAGUAUGAAAAAAGUUCACAGUAUAUUUUGAUGAAAAUAUUAUAGUAUUAUAAAAAUAUCAUGGUAUAGGAUGUUAAACACAUCAUUAGUUGGGGUUUAUAGAAUAUAGUAUAGAAUGAUGAAAAUAUCACAGUAAGAAUAAUAAGGUAUGAUAAAAAAUGUAAUAGUAUAGUAUGUUUAAAAAUCAAAGUAUAGUGUGAUAAAAUUCUCAAAGCAAAGUUAGAUAAAAAUGUCAUAGAAUAGUAUGUUAAAAAUGUCCUGGUAUAGUAUGAUAAAACAAAUGUCAUAGUAUAGUAUGAUAAAAAUGUCAUAGUAUAGUUUGACAAAAAGUGUAGUAUUAUAGUAUAUUAAAAAAAUCAUGGUUUAGUAUUAUAAAUUAUUCUAGAAUAAUAUGUUAAAAAUAUAAUAAUAAUUUGACGACCCUAAGGGCUCGUCAGGACUUUCUGACUGUUCUGACUUUUCCUGUUUCUUCUUGUUUCUUUUGCAGGUUGAUGGGAGGCGGGGUUUAGCUGCACCUGGGAGUUCCUUCCUCUCAGGGUUUAAAUGACCAGGCUGUCGACCCGCUCUCUUUCUCUGUCAUCCUCAUCAGAUGCUCCGUGUGGCAGCGGGGUUAUGUUUAGUUGGCUUCGCCCUCCUCUGGACUUUAGUUUUACACCUGAAAACAUGCUGCACACACACAUCUUUCACUCAUCCAACAACAGACACACUGACAACCUGACGCACACAGCUCAUCAAUUUUGUUGCUUAAAUAUUUAUUUUGUAAUAAAUGAUUAAAGUUGGUGUUGACCAUGUCAUCCCCGUUUCUUUGUGUGACUUGGGUCGUGACAGUAUAGCAUGAGUAAAAUAUUAUAGUGUAGUAUGAUAAAAAUGUUAUAGUGUUGUAUGUUAAAAAAAUCAAAGUUAAGGAUGAAAAUUAUCAUUGUAAAGUGAGAUAAAAAUUUAAAAUUAUAGCAAGUUAAAUAUGUUAUAUACUAUACUAUAUUGAAUAUGUGUUUUGAAAUAUCAUAGUAUAUAUAGUAUGAUAAAGAUAUCAUGUCAGAGUGAGAAAAAAUGACAUAGUAUUGUAUGUUAAAAAAAAUCGUAGUUAGGGAUAAAAAUUAUUGUAAAGUGAGAUAAAAAUAUAGUUAAAAAAAAUUGUCAGUAUGGUAUGAUAAAAUGUUCAAAUUUUAUGGUGAAAAAAAUUCACAUUUUGGCAUGAAAAUAAACUUCAUAGUAUAGAAUUAUAAGAAUGUCAUAGUAAAGUAUGUUUGAAUUGUCAAAUUUGAGUGUGAGAAAAAAUUUACUUUUUUGCAUGAAAAAAAUUUCAUAGUAUAGUAUGAUAAGAAUGUCAUAGUAUAGUAUGUUUAAAAUGUCAAAUUUGAGUGUGAGAAAUUUUUUUAUUACUUAGCAUGAAAAAAUGUCAUAGUAUAGUGUGAUAAAAAUGUCAAAGUAUAGUAUGUUAAAAAUUUCAUAGUUUAGGGUGAAAAAAAAUUUCAUAUUUAGGCAUGAAAAUAAAUGUCAUAGUAUAGUAUGAUAAGAAUGUCAUAGUACAGUAUGUCAAAAUUUUCAAAUUUGAGGGUGAAAAAAAUUCACAUUUUGGCAUGAAAAUAAACUUCAUAGUAUAGAAUUAUAAUAAUGUCAUAGUAAAGUAUGUUUGAAUUGUCAAAAUUGAGUGUGAGAAAAAAUUUACUUUUUUGCAUGAAAAAAAUGUCAUAGUAUAGUAUGUCAAAAUUUUCAACUUUGAGGGUGAAAAAAAAUUUCAUAGUUUAGCAUGAGAAUAAGUUACAUAGUAUAGUAUGAUGAAUAUGUCAUAGUAUAGCAUGUUAAAAAUGUCAAAUUUUAGGGUGAAAAAAAAAUUCAUAUUUAGGCAUGAAAAUAAAUGUCAUAGUAUCGUAUGAUAAGAAUGUCAUAGUAUAGCAUUUUAAAAAUUUAAAAUUUUAGGGUGAAAAUUUUUUCAUAUUUAGGCAUGAAAAUAAAUGUCAUAGUAUAGUAUGAUAAGAAUGUCAUAGUAUAGUAUGUUUAAAAUGUCAAAUUUGAGUGUGAGAAAAAAAGUACUUUUUUUGCAUGAAAAAAAUGUCAGUAUAGUAUGAUAAAAAUGUCAUAGUAUAGUAUGUUAAAAAAUUCAAAUGUAAGGGUGAACAAAAAUUUUAUUACUUAGCAUGAUAAAAAUGUCAUAGUAUAGUAUGUCAAAAUUUUCAAAUUUUAUGGUGAAAAAAAAUAUUUCAUAUUUUAGCAUGAAAAUAAAUGACAUAGUAUAGUAUGAUAAAUAUGUCAUAGUAUAGCAUGUUAAAAAUUUCAAAUUUUAGGGUGAAAAAAAUUUCAUAUUUAGGCAUGAAAAUAAAUGUCAUAGUAUAGUAUGAUAAGAAUGUCAUAGUAUAGUAUGUUUAAAAUGUCAAAUUUGAGUGUGAGAAAAAAAAUCCUUUUUUUGCAUGAAAAAAAAUCUCAUAGUAUAGUAUGAUAAGAAUGUCAUAGUAUAGUAUGUUUAAAAUGUCAAAUCUGAGUGUGAGAAAAAAGUUAAUUUUUUGCAUAAAAAUAAAUGACAUAGUAUAGUAUGAUAAAAAAGUCAUAGUAUAGUAUGUUAAAAACUUCAAAUUUAAGGGUGAACAAAAAUUUUAUAGUUUAGCAUGAAAAAAAUGUCAUAGUAUAGGAUGUCAAAAUUUUCAAAUUUUAGGGUGAAAAAAUAUUUCAUAGUUGACAUAGUAUAGUAUGAUAAAUAUGUCAUUGUAUAGCAUGUUAAAAAUUUCAAAUUUUAGGGUGAAAAAAAAUUUAAUAUUUAGGCAUGAAAAUAAAUGUCAUAGUAUCGUAUGAUAAGAAUGUCAUAGUAUAGUAUGUUUAAAAUGUCAAAUUUGAGUGUGAGAAAAAAAUUACUUUUUUUGCAUUAAAAAAAUGUCAUAGUAUAGUAUGAUAAAAAAGUCAUAGUAUAGUAUGUUAAAAACUUCAAAUUUAAGGGUGAACAAAAAUUUUAUUACUGAGCAUGGAAAAAAUUUCAGUAUAGUAUGAUGAAUAUGUCAUAGUAUAGCAUGUUAAAAAUGUCAAAUUUUAGGGUGAAAAAAAAAUUCAUAUUUAGGCAUGAAAAUAAAUGUCAUAAGAAUGUCAUAGUAUAGCAUGUUAAAAAUUUCAAAUUUUAGGGUGAGCAAAAAUUUUAUUACUUAGCAUGAAAAAAAUGUCAUAGUAUAGUAUGUCAAAAUUUUCAAAUUUUAGGGUGAAAAAAAAUAUUUCAUUUUUUAGCAUGAUAAAAAUGUCAUAGUAUAGUAUGUCAAAAUUUUCAAAUUUUAUGGUGAAAAAAAAUAUUUCAUAUUUUAGCAUGAAAAUAAAUGACAUAGUAUAGUAUGAUAAAUAUGUCAUAGUAUAGCAUGUUAAAAAUUUCAAAUUUUAGGGUGAAAAAAAUUUCAUAUUUAGGCAUGAAAAUAAAUGUCAUAGUAUAGUAUGAUAAGAAUGUCAUAGUAUAGUAUGUUUAAAAUGUCAAAUUUGAGUGUGAGAAAAAAAAUCCUUUUUUUGCAUGAAAAAAAAUCUCAUAGUAUAGUAUGAUAAGAAUGUCAUAGUAUAGUAUGUUUAAAAUGUCAAAUCUGAGUGUGAGAAAAAAGUUAAUUUUUUGCAUAAAAAUAAAUGACAUAGUAUAGUAUGAUAAAAAAGUCAUAGUAUAGUAUGUUAAAAACUUCAAAUUUAAGGGUGAACAAAAAUUUUAUAGUUUAGCAUGAAAAAAAUGUCAUAGUAUAGGAUGUCAAAAUUUUCAAAUUUUAGGGUGAAAAAAUAUUUCAUAGUUGACAUAGUAUAGUAUGAUAAAUAUGUCAUUGUAUAGCAUGUUAAAAAUUUCAAAUUUUAGGGUGAAAAAAAAUUUAAUAUUUAGGCAUGAAAAUAAAUGUCAUAGUAUCGUAUGAUAAGAAUGUCAUAGUACAGUAUGUUUAAAAUGUCAAAUUUGAGUGUGAGAAAAAAAUUACUUUUUUUGCAUUAAAAAAAUGUCAUAGUAUAGUAUGAUAAAAAAGUCAUAGUAUAGUAUGUUAAAAACUUCAAAUUUAAGGGUGAACAAAAAUUUUAUUACUGAGCAUGGAAAAAAUUUCAGUAUAGUAUGAUGAAUAUGUCAUAGUAUAGCAUGUUAAAAAUGUCAAAUUUUAGGGUGAAAAAAAAAUUCAUAUUUAGGCAUGAAAAUAAAUGUCAUAAGAAUGUCAUAGUAUAGCAUGUUAAAAAUUUCAAAUUUUAGGGUGAGCAAAAAUUUUAUUACUUAGCAUGAAAAAAAUGUCAUAGUAUAGUAUGUCAAAAUUUUCAAAUUUUAGGGUGAAAAAAAAUAUUUCAUUUUUUAGCAUGAAAAUAAAUGUCAUAGUAUAGUAUGAUAAGAAUGUCAUAGUAUAUUAUGUUGAAAAUGUCAAAUUUGAGUGUGAGAAAAAAAUUCCUUUUUUUGCAUGAAAAAAAUUUCAUUGUAUUGUAUGAUAAAAAUGUCAUAGUAUAGUAUGUCAAAAUCUUCAAAUUUUAUGAUUUUUUUUCAUAUUUUAGCAUUAAAAUAAAUGGCAUAGUAUAGCAUGUUAAAAAUUUCAAAUCUUAGGGUGAAUUUUUUUCAUAUUUUAGCACGAAAAUAAGUGUGGGAAAAAAGUUAAUUUUUUGCAUGAAAAAACGUCAUAAAUGUCAUAGUAUAGUAUGUUAUAAUAUUCAAGCUUUAUAGUUAAGAAAUUUCAUAUUUUAGCAUGAAAAAAUGUCAGUAUAGUAUGUCAACAUUUUCAAAUUUUAUGGUAAAAAAAAAAUCAUAUUUUAGCAUGAAAAUAAAUGUCAUAGUAUAGUAUGAUAAAACUGUCAUAGUGUAGUUUGUUAAAAAUACUAUACCUGGGUUUAAAUCCCGCAGGGUUUUGGUGUUUUAAUAAUUUUUCUGAGCUUCAUAUAAAGCUCUUGGUUUCUUCUGUGUUCUCUGGGUUCUUGAUGUUGUUUAGGGGAUGUCUUGUGUAGGAGUUUGUGUCAUUUUUGUCUUUAUGAUUUAUGCAAACCGAAGCACUUUGUAAAUCCCCUUUUUUGAAAGUAUUAAACAAAUAAAGAUCUUGUUUGAUCCAGUUUUCCAGAGAUUUUAAACAUCUGCUCUAACUCUAAUAAAGAUAUAUGAUUGGAUAGAGAGGAUUUAGAUGCACCAAAUACAUCUACAACAAGACUCCUGCCAUUGCAGCUGUUGUUAGGUUACUGUUGUUGAUUUUUCUUCCUUUAUUUGAAAAAGGACAGGAGAGAGGGAACACCAGAAAACGAGUUGUUUUUUUCUCGCUGCUUGAUAAACUGUUUAAUCAAAUCCAACUUGUUUCUGUGUUUUCAGGUCCGAUCGAACAGCUGUCAGACUACGACCAGAUCUGCAGUGGGAUGUUCUGGAUGAGACCCUGAGAGGAUCUGAUCUGAGGACAGUGUAGUGAAGCAGCUGUACAGUAUUCAAACA